AUGAAGAAUUUCGAAGGUGGAUGCCAUAGUAAGCUAACAUGUUAUAUUCGUAAAAAUGGAAAUACUUGCAUUUCAUUGGACUUUGAAAUACUGAUUUUGUUUCUUUCGUCAAAGGAAAUUAUUGUAGUACUAAAAUGGUCUACUUUUAAUGUGGCUGUUCUUGUUAACAGCACUUUCAAGAAGAAGGCACCAAAAGCAAUCAAGGAGAUCAAGAAGUUUGCACAGAAAGCCAUGGGAACAACAGAUGUGAGAGUGGAUGUCAAACUAAACAAACAAAUUUGGAGCCGUGGAAUCAGAAGUGUCCCAAGAAGAGUCAGAGUUCGCAUUGCUCGCAAGAGGAAUGAUGAUGAAGAUGCUAAGGAAGAACUCUACUCUCUAGUCACUGUUGCAGAGAUUCCAGUAGAAGGUUUGAAGGGUCUUGGCACCAAAAUCAUUGAUGAUGAAGAUUAG